GCAUUCGGUAACCCGGAUAUCGAUUACAGCCUAUCUAUGGGUGUUAUCCGUGACGGCGACAGAGGGGCCAACACUAUAUCGGACGGCACUUAUAAAUAUUUGCAGAAAUCAAUUGAUCCAAAUCUGAAGUUUAUUAACCAUAAUUGUAAGUUAAGUGCCGGCUUUCCCGGCGGACCACUGGUCAACGAUAGCGGACAAGUAGUCGGUAUCAAUUGGCGCGGUUCACUCAAAUUCAGUGACCAUUUCGCCACCCCUUCCCAUAAGGUUAAAGCGAUGGGACAGAAAAUCAAUUCAGUGACAGAUUUACAACAAUUAGUUAAUAGCUAUGAAUCGGGAGAUGUGCUUAAGCAAUGGAAACGACAAUCGGUGGCAAACAUUGGAUUCAAACCAGAGAUACUGAGCUUCAGAAAGGCUCUAAUGAUGGGACCCAAUGAUAAUCAAAAGCCACCCUUUGAUAACUUUGAUGACACAAACCAAUUGCCAUUAUAUACCGGAAACAAUCAUAUCGUCGAUCAAAUAGUGGUACGCGAUGUCAGUCCCGAUACUCUCAGACCACUCAAGACUCUCAUCGAAACGGUAUUUCCCUUCAAAUAUAGCGAUCAGUUUUACAACAAUAUGUUAAACGACAGAGAGUGGACAAAACUUGCCUAUCACAACGACCAACUGAUCGGUGAAAUCAGUUGUCGUAUUGAAGUUAUGGCGAGCGGUCGGCGCCGGCUAUACAUCCAAUCGUUUGGCUGUUUGGCCGCAUACAGACGUCAGGGUAUUGGGAGCCGACUCUUCGCCCAAAUCAUGUCUCAGGCCGAGAGCGACUCCUCAUUGACCAGUGUUUACCUUCACGUUAGGACAGACAAUACGGUUGCCAUCAAAUUGUACGAAAAGUUUGGCUUUAAAUUUGUGAAAACGAUUCCGCAUUUCUAUUAUGAUGAUUUUCAUUUCCCACCCACUGAUGCCUUUGUCUAUGAAAAGCCACUCAAACACUAG